AUGUCUCGGAGUCUCCGCACCCAAACGGGAAGGCGCGUGGGACUUCGGCCGUGCAUCAUGAAGCUUAGUAGCUAUACUCUUUCCUCCGGUUGGUUCUUUCGGGACCUGGAAUCAGAAGACUGGAUGCCCGUAUCAACAGUACCCUCCGUUGUGCAACAGGACCUGAUGGAUAACAACAAGCUGGAAGACCCAUUUCUCGAGCUAAAUGAGAUCAAAGCACGAUGGGUCAACCAAAAGUCCUGGGUAUACCGCAACAAGUUUGAAAAGCCGACCUUCCUUGACAACGCCGCAAUUGACUUGGUCUUUGAUGGGCUGGACACCUUUGCCACAGUCAAAUUGGAUGGUCAAGUGAUUCUGCAAUCCGACAACAUGUUUCUAGGUCACCGAGUCAAUGUGACGAAAAUAUUGGAAGCGGAGGGCCAGCACACGUUGGAAAUUGAAUUCGACUGUGCCGAGAUUAAAGCUCGCGAAUUACAAAACCAGGAUCCAUCUCAUAAAUGGGUAGGAUUUAACGGGGACAUGUCUCGUCUGGCGGUCCGAAAGGCUCAAUACCAUUGGGGCUGGGAUUGGGGACCGGUGCUAAUGACGGCAGGCAUUUGGCGUCCAGUCCGAUUAAAUGUCUAUACCGCACGUGUGGCUGAUCUUUGGCCUGAGACAAAAUUAUCUGUCAACCAAGAGACUGCGGAAGUGAUUGCCGCAUUGAAGGUGGAAAGCACCGGCGUUGAAGAAUACACAGCUCGGUUUGCUCUGAGUCUACAUGGCAAUGAAAUUGCUCACCAGGACAUACCGGUUGGCACUGACAAUGAGGCCCAAAUCACAUUUCGUGUCAAUCGUCCCGAGCUCUGGUGGCCCCACGGAUAUGGAUCACAAACCCUCUACGAAGUGUCAGUGCAGUUACUCCAUGGAGAAGAAAUCAUGGAUCAAAAAUCAAAGAAAUUCGGAAUUCGAAACGCGGAAAUAAUCCAGCAGCCUGACAAGCAUGGGAAAUCAUUUUUCUUUCGCAUUAACGGCAUGGACAUAUUUUGUGGUGGCUCUUGCUGGAUACCUGCGGACAGCCUUUUGACCAAAAUCACCCCCGAGCGAUAUCGCAAUUGGAUCGAACUGAUGGUUGAGGGGCGACAAGUGAUGAUCCGCGUAUGGGGCGGUGGCAUUUACGAAGAUUCUUCAUUCUACGAAGCCUGCGACGAGCUGGGAGUGAUGGUAUGGCAAGACUUUAUGUUUGGGUGCGGAAACUAUCCAACAUGGCCAGCUCUUCUGGAAUCCGUGCGGCAAGAAGCGAUAUAUAACGUGAAGCGAUUACGACACCAUCCCUCCAUCGUCAUCUAUGUCGGUAACAACGAAGACUACCAAGUUCAGGAGUCAGUCGGCCUCACCUAUGAUUUCGAGGAUAAAGAUCCCGAAAAUUGGCUCAAAUCAGACUUUCCCGCACGAUACAUUUACGAGAAGCUGCUACCGGAGGUGACUGCAGAGUACUCGCCACAGACGUUUUACCAUCCAGGCAGUCCGUGGGGGGAUGGGAAAAUCUCAUCGGACCCUACAGUGGGCGAUAUGCAUCAAUGGAAUGUGUGGCAUGGAACCCAGGAAAAAUAUCAAAUAUUCGAUACUCUGGGUGGCCGAUUCAACAGUGAAUUCGGCAUGGAAGCAUUCCCUCAUAUGGAAACAAUCAAAUUCUUCUCUCAACAGCCAAGAGAUCACUACCCUCAAUCCCAGAUUAUGGAUUUCCACAACAAGGCAGAUGGGCAUGAGAGGCGGAUAGCAACCUACUUGGUGGAAAAUUUUCGAUUUCCGCAUGGCGGAAGUCUCGAAGCAUAUAUCUAUCAAACUCAAGCCAUACAGGCCGAAACAAUGAUGUUUGGGUAUCGAGGCUGGCGACGCCAGUGGGGGGAUGAGCGCCACUGUGGAGGAGCCCUUCUCUGGCAACUCAACGACUGCUGGCCGACUAUCUCAUGGGCGAUUGUUGAUUAUUUCCUCAGACCUAAACCUGCUUAUUAUGCAGUCAAGCGCGUGCUCAACCCUAUUGCCAUUGGUAUUCGACGGGAGCAUCAUGACUGGAGUGUUGUUCAUGCUCAGCCAGCGCUUGCUAGUCGAUAUGAAUUGUGGAUCGUCAGUAACAAACCCGAAAACCUACAUGGGAAAGUCGAGCUCCGGUUUAUUUCUAUUCAGACCGGAGAAGAGAUACGACCCCCGAUAAUCCGAGAGAAAGUUUUGAUUGCAGGAAACAGCACAUCAAACGUCAUUACUGACGGAAUCAUUGAUCAUGUUGCAGACUCGGAACCUCAUGUCUUGGCUGCACGAGUCUGGGUAAACAAGAAACUUGUAGCCCGAGAUACUGAUUGGCCACAGCCAUUCAAGUACAUUGAUCUGCCAAGACCGCUCAUCGAGAUCAAACGAUUGAGCUCAUUAUCCGACGGAGAAAAUAUUCGGACUAUCUCUAUUUCUGCAUCGAAGCCCGUCAAAUGCCUUGUCUUUGAAGAGCGCGACGGAGUCAAAUUUAGCGAUAACGCGCUGGAUAUUGUUCCUGGUGAUGUGCAAGAAGUGACCAUCUCGGGAUUGUCAGAGGACUCAUCAAGCUUGGCCUAUAGAUUCUUGGGACACGAAGAGUCUGCCCAAGAAGUCAUCGUUUAG